UUCUGUUUCUUACAUUAAACUGGAGGCCCCAAAUCUCUCCAUCUCUUCACAUGGCUACCUCAAUCCACAAUCCCCAAUUCUCUCAUUUAGAUUCUUUCUCUAACCUCCGCUCUGAUUCCUCACUUCGUUGUUGCAAUGUCCCUUCCAUUCCUAACAAUCAUCUCCAAAUCAACAACCACGACGACAAUGAAGAAUUCUCUAGUGACGAUGACAACGACUCUGAUUUUUCCCAUUUGAUUCGUAAAGGGAUUCAAGAAUUGGAACCCUCCAUUUUGGACCCCAGAGAUUUUGGAACGGCUGAUUGUUGGAUCCACCGAAAUGAAUCCAUGGUUCGUCUCACCGGUAAACAUCCCUUCAAUUCCGAGCCGUCGUUAUCUCGUUUGAUGCACCAUGGGUUCAUCACUCCCGUCCCGCUCCAUUACGUUCGCAACCACGGUCCGGUACCCAAGGCCAAGUGGGAGGAUUGGACCGUUGAUGUUUGCGGUUUAGUCAAAAAACCAACCCGGUUCACUAUGGAUCAACUCGUUAACGAUUUCAGGAGCCGUGAGUUUCCUGUCACACUCGUCUGCGCCGGAAACCGCCGUAAGGAGCAGAAUAUGGUUAAAAAAACCAUUGGCUUUAGCUGGGGUGCAGGCGGGACUUCCACCUCAAUCUGGCGAGGGGUCACACUACGAGACGUUCUGAAACGGUGUGGUAUCUUCAGUAGUAAAAAAGGAGCACUCAAUGUCUGCUUUGAAGGAGCUGAAUGUCUGCCCGGCGGCGGCGGGUCCAAGUACGGUACUAGUGUCAGAAAGGAAAUAGCCAUGGACCCAGCUAGAGAUAUAAUUUUAGCCUACAUGCAAAACGGCGAUGUACUGUCACCGGACCAUGGUUUUCCGGUGCGGGUUAUCAUCCCCGGUUACAUCGGUGGAAGGAUGGUGAAAUGGCUAAAACGCAUUAUUGUAACAACACAAGAAUCCGAUAGCUAUUACCAUUAUAGAGACAACAAAGUCCUCCCUUCCCAUGUCGAUGCAGAAUUAGCAAACGCAGAAGCUUGGUGGUAUAAGCCGGAGUGUAUUAUUAGUGAGUUGAACAUAAACUCGGUGAUAACGACCCCAUGCCACGAGGAAAUCUUGCCGAUAAAUUCAUUGACAACACAACGACCGUACACGUUGAGGGGAUAUGCAUAUUCCGGAGGAGGAAAGAAAGUGACACGGGUGGAGGUGACUUUAGAUGGUGGCGAGUCGUGGCAUCUUUGCGAUUUGGACCGUCCUGAGAAAGCUACAAAAUACGGCAAAUAUUGGUGUUGGUGUUUUUGGUCACUGGAAGUUGAGGUUCUUGAUUUACUUGCUGCUAAGGAAAUUGCAGUACGCGCUUGGGACGAAACUUUCAACACUCAACCUGAAAAGCUCAUUUGGAAUCUCAUGGGAAUGAUGAACAAUUGUUGGUUUCGAGUGAAAACCAACAUGUGUAGACCGCAUAAAGGAGAAAUCGGAAUUGUUUUUGAACACCCAACUGUACCCGGCAACCAAUCCGGCGGAUGGAUGGCUAAAGAAAGACAUCUCGAAAUAUCCACCGAACCAAAUCAAACCAUGAAGAAGAGUAUCUCGUCUCCCUUCAUCAACACAACCUCAAAGACUUACUCCAUCUCUGACGUUCAAAAGCACAACUCAGACCAAUCCGCCUGGAUCGUCGUUCACGGCCAUGUUUACGACUGCACCCGUUUCCUCAAAGACCACCCUGGCGGUACGGACAGCAUUCUCAUUAAUGCCGGUACCGACUGUACGGAGGAAUUCGACGCCAUUCACUCGGACAAAGCCAAGAAAAUGCUCGAGGAAUACAGAAUCGGCGAGUUGAUCACCACCGGUUACACAUCGGAUUCAUCGCCUAACAAUUCCAUCCAUUGGGAUCCUUCUAAUUCUAAUCCUCACUUAGAUCCAAUAACAGAAACAAGGCGCGUGGCUUUAAUCCCGCGUGAGAAAAUCCGCUGCAAAUUAAUUUCCAAAACGUCAAUCUCACACGACGUCAGACGAUUCAGAUUCGCCUUGCCUUUAGAGGAUCAAGUCCUGGGAUUGCCUGUAGGGAAACACAUAUUCCUAUGUGCAAACAUAGACGGUAAGCUCUGUAUGAGGGCCUACACACCAACCACCGGCAUCAAUCAAGUCGGCUAUUUCGACUUAGUGGUCAAAAUCUAUUUCAAAAACGUGAACCCAAAAUUUCCAAACGGCGGACUCAUGUCUCAGCAUUUGGAGUCUCUCCCACUUGGUUCCGAACUAGAAAUCAAAGGCCCAUUAGGCCACAUCGAAUACACCGGAAACGGAAACUUCGUGGUGGACGGCAAAGUAAAGAAGGGUAAGAAGCUAGCAAUGUUGGCCGGCGGAACGGGAAUAACGCCGAUAUAUCAAGUGGCGCAGGCUGUUUUGAAGGAUCCUGAGGAUGAAACAGAGAUGUUUUUGGUGUAUGCGAAUAGAACGGAAAAUGAUAUUCUGUUAAAGGAUGAGUUGGAUGAAUGGAGUAAAAGGGAUAAGAGGUUUAAAGUGUGGUACGUUGUGAAUGAGAGCGUAAGGGAAGGGUGGGAAUAUAGUGUGGGAGUGGUGACGGAGAGUAUUAUGAGGGAGCAUCUUCCAGAAGCUUCGUCGGAAACAAUGGCGUUGGCUUGUGGACCACCGCCGAUGAUUAAGUUUGCUGUGCAACCCAAUUUGGAGAAGAUGAAUUACGACACUAAUAACUCGUUGUUGGUGUUUUAGCGGAAGUGUCCUUGUUUAUGACGAUAGAUUUUUGGGGUUUUUCUUCCUCUUUGUUUUUGCUGUGACAUAUGUUCACUUAACCAUUACCGUUUAAAUUAUUCAGAAUCUGUAAUGAAAAUAACAUAGUGUGUGUUUGCAAAUAAAUAAGUUUCAACUUAUGCUAUUAUAUAUUUAAUUUGUUCA